ACAUUUUUCCAUUGCUACUUUUCUUGACAAGUCUCCAUUUUACAUUCUCAGAAACAGCUCUUACUCUGUAAAAUGGAGAAUUAUGCAUCAAUAUUUCCAUCAUCCUCAUCGUCGACGUCUCAUCGUGAUGAGUACUUUUCAUUAAUGAAUAGCAAGAGUAGUAUUAGUGAUGAUGCUAAAGAGAAAUUAUUAUUCCAAGGGAAGAAUAAGGGGUUCUUGGAGCUAAUGGCAAGCAUGGAAACUCCAAGCGGUAUUAGUAAUAAGAAGAAGGAUGAGGUGAAAUCGUGUAAGAAGAUUAAGAAACCAAGAUAUGCUUUCCAAACAAGGAGCCAAGUCGAUAUUCUUGAUGAUGGUUAUAGAUGGAGGAAAUAUGGACAGAAGGCUGUGAAAAACAACAAAUUCCCAAGGAGCUACUACCGAUGCACGCAUCAAGGAUGUAACGUGAAGAAACAAGUACAAAGGUUGUCCAAGGAUGAACAAGUAGUAGUAACUACUUAUGAAGGCAUUCAUUCACAUCCCAUUGACAAGUCUACAGAUAACUUUGAGCAUAUUUUGAGUCAGAUGCAAAUCUACACUUCCUUCUAAAUAUUUAUUUACCUUUCAAUGCCUAAGGCAUAUAUCUCAUCUCAUUAUAUAUUAGUAGUUACCUGCAAAGUAAUACUGCAGUGUAUGUGUACAUGCGUUUUAAGCAUAGACGCAGGGAGUUUCAUUUUGUCAUUAUAUUGUAGGACUAAAAAUAAUCCUGCUAUCUUUUUUUAAAGCAAUUUGCAUCGAAUUCGGCUCAUUGAA